AUGACUGUUUCUCCUCACGAAUUACCAGAAACUCAAUCAUCAACUACCAUUGUUGAUCCCAUUAAUGAUGAAUAUCAUCAAUAUGAAACUAACGUCACUCCAUUAAACAACCGUUAUCAAUUCAUCAAACAUUUACAAAAUGGUUCCUUUGGUAAAGUCUCCCUCGCAUUAGAUUUAAUCACUAAUGAAAAGGUUAGUAUUAAAUCAGUAUCAAAAUUAAAUAAUAAUGAUUCAACUAUGGGUCCUUGUGUUGAAACUGCCAUGAAUGAAAUCAAAAUUUUAACUAUGAUCAAUGAAAAAAUCCCUACCAUUAAUGUAUGUAAAUUAUUAACUUCAUUUGAAAUUGAUAAUUAUAUCAUUAUCGUAUUGGAAUAUUGUUCUCAAGGUGAUUUAUAUGAUUUAAUUCAUCAUCGUUCUUUACAAUUAAUCGAAAUUGUCAAAUUAGCUAAUCAAAUCGGUAAUGCUAUUUUACAAUGUCAUUCCAUUGGAAUUUAUCAUCGUGAUAUUAAACCAGAAAAUAUCUUAAUUGAUUCUAAUUCAAAUUUUAAAUUAUGUGAUUGGGGAUUAGCCACAACCACAAGAAUUAAUAAUGAAUUCAAUGUCGGUACAGAGAAAUAUAUGGCUCCUGAAUGUUUUAUGAAAAAUACCGUCAAUAAUCAUUACUACAUUAAGAAUUAUGAUUGUAAAUAUAGUGAUUAUUGGUCCAUUGGGAUCACUUUAUUAACUUCAAUGUUUGGUACUUGUCCAUUUAAAUCAACUUCAACUCAUGCAUCGAUUCAAUUUGAUUAUAAUUUCAAGAAUUUCGUUAAUUAUAAUAAUCCUUAUAUCUUGUAUGAUAUUUAUUCAUUAAUGAAUUCAAAUUGUUUUGAAAUCUUUAUGAAUCUUUUAAAAAUCGGAAAUGAUGAAGAUGAUUUAUCAACUUUCGAAUCAAAAUAUAGAAUGAGAGAUUUAUCUAAAUUCUUACAAGAUUUAAAUGUGAAAUAUAUUUAUGGAUUCACAGUCGAUGAUGUUGAUGCUGAUAUUGAAACUUUAAAUGGUCAAGAAAUUGAUGAUCAAGACGAUGAUCGUGGUGAUGCUGCUAGUUUAUUUGAAAUGGAUCAUGAUGAUUUACAAUUCAUGACUAAUUCAGCCAAAUCAACCAUCACUUCUGUCGAUGUUGAUACUGAUGAUCAACGUAAUGAUGAAGAUAGUGAUGAAUAUUUAUUAUUAGAUUAUAAUAAGAAUAAUAUCCCUAUCACUAACAAUGGAUCUUCAUCUCAUAUUAAUACCAUCAAAUCUACUUCUGAUGAUACUCAUUCCAAAUUACCACCUUCAUUGAUUGAAUCAUCAGUUAAAUCAACUAAAUCAUGCUGUACCGGAACUUUCACAAAAUGUUUCAUCAUUGAUUCAUGA